GGACCCUCUGAAGUCCCCUUUUCCUCUUUGACACAGACCCUUCCCUGUAAAAAGGAAGAGGAAGACUCACUGACCCCCCACAUUAAAGAGGAAGAGGAGGAACACAGCGUUAGUCAGGAAGUGACUGGUGUCCCUGUGAAGAGUGAAGAUGAUGAGGUCAAAGGUCAAAGUGAGGAGAAGAGAGAGGCGGAGCCUCCAAGCAGCAGCUCAACACAACACAUGACAACAGAAGCUGAUGGAGACCACUGUGGAGGAUCACAAGCAGACAAGAUCUUAGCUCCACUAUCAGAUAGUGAGGACACAACGUCACACUCUCCUGACACUGAUGAUGAACACUCUAAAGAUGAUGCAACAUGUCACACUGACAACACUCACUUCACAUGUUCUCACUGUCACAAAACCUUUAAACACAAUCGUCAUCUGGUAAGACACAUGAGUACACACACUGGUGAAAAACCUUUUUCUUGUUCAUUCUGUGGUAAAGGUUUUACACAAAGGCGAUCUUUGAAAAUACACAUGAGAACACACACUGGUGAAAAACCCUUUUUCUGUUCAACCUGUGGUAAAGGUUUUACACAAAGUCAACAUUUGAAAGGACACAUGAGAACACACACUGGUGAAAAUCCCUUUUCCUGUUCAACUUGUGGUAAAGGUUUUACACAAAGUCAACAUUUGAAAGUACACAUGAGAACACACACUGGUGAAAAACCUUUUUCCUGUUCAACUUGUGGUAAAGGUUUUACACAAAGUCACAGUGUGAAAAGACACAUGAGAACACACACUGGUGAAAAACCUUGUAUCUGUUCAAUCUGUAGUAAAAGUUUUACACAAAGUCAACAUUUGAAAGGACACAUGAGAGCACACACUAGUGAAAAACCAUUUUCCUGUUCAACCUGUGGUAAAGGUUUUACACAGAGUCAAAAUUUGAAAAUACACAUGAGAACACACACUGGUGAAAAACCUUUUUCCUGUUCAACUUGUGGUAAAGAGUUUAGACAAAGUCAGAGUGUGAAAAUGCACAUGAGAAAACACACUGGUGAAAAACCUUUUUCUUGUUCAAUCUGUGGUAAAGGUUUUACUAAAAGGCAAUCUUUGAAAAGACACAUGAGAAUACACACUGGUGAAAAACCUUUUUCUUUGAAAAGACACAUGAGAAGACACCCAGGAGAGAAAGUGUUGAGUUGCAGUGUGUGUGGUGAAAGAUUGUCUUCUAAGUACCAGUGUAAGAAACACAAGUGUGCUGGUGAGAACAGCAGCAGCAAAUGAAA